GGACCAGCAUUUCGUUAUGGAGACAUGACAACAUGACGAAUUUUCAUUUAGCGUUAGUUCCUUGGAGUUAGUGCAAGUUUAUCUGUAAAAUUGUGCAAUGGCUGAUUCAGAUACGGAAGACCCACAUUUAAUUGUUGGAAAAGAUGGAAAAGGUACGGCCACUGGUAAAGGAAAAAUAAAAGGUGACGCUGCUGGUGUAACAAUUGAAGUUAGUGAAAUUGGAACCACAAUAGAUUUUAAAACCGACUUCGAGGGUGAGACUCAUUACAAAUCAGACACGCCACAUGAGGAUUACAAAAGCGACACGUACCAAUUUGUUCGAGGGAAAGGAAAUCCAGAGAUAAAUCGGAAAGACGGAUACAGUUACAUCAAAUUUAGUCUAACAAAGAUUAAGAAGUGAAAUGCUGUGAAACAACUAGAUAAUCGUAGAAAGUUUGAACUGAAUUCACAAACACCAUAUAUGUUUUAUGAAUUGUCACAGAGUUGUAUAAACAUGUUUAUUAUUUGUCAUUCUUUCCAUUUAUAUCAAUUUAAUCUUUCUCCGCUUUACUUAACGUACACAUGUAUCUUUUUUAAAUAGCUCAUUAAAAGAUCAAUUUAAUCAUAAAAAGGGGUAGAGGCAUUAAAGUCCUUGUUUCACUUAAAUACAAAGGUUAAAUGAGAAGUUACCAUACAUAUUCAUUUUUUCUGAACUAUAUUUAUUAAAUGUAUUUCAAAUUUCACAUUAAACGAGGUACUAUGGCAAGAAACCAUCUACAUAAAUUAUAAACUUUGUAAAUUUUUUUGAUUUUCAUUAUUGCACAUUAUCUCUUUAGUAUAAAUAAAUAAAUAAGUGUGUGCAAACACAAUCAACA